GAAACUUUGAAUAAUGGCAACAAGGCUAUAACAAAAGAAACCCAAAAUGACUUUUAUAGGUUCACUCCAUCAUUUUUAUCAAAGCCAAGUUCACCAAGAAUAUUUUGUACUCGAUCAGGCGAAACUUCUUAG